AAAAUAAACAAAUGAGUUGUAAGUGGCGCUCAAGCAGGAACGCAACUUCCGCUGGCGUCAUCAACCGUCGACAAGCGAACAGGCCGCAAGUGGUGGAAGCAGAGCUACAUCGUCCAUAAAAAAUGGCACCAUCUCCUACGAAAAGGAAGGAGGAAGAAAAAUCUAAAGAUAGGGGCAAAGAGAAGACUGCCACCAAGGAAGGAGACAAAGAGAGAGGACGUGACAAAGUAAGGAAACGUCGUAGUGCCUCUUCUGGAAGCAGCAGCAGCAGCAGAUCUAGCUCAUCAUCCAGCAGCAGCUCUGGUUCUAGCUCAGGUUCCUCGAGUGGAUCCAGCUCUUCUGGCACCAGUCGAUCUGGAUCGUCCAGCUCUCGAUCGUCAUCCUCCUCCAGCUCCUCUGGCUCGCCGAGCCCCAGCCGCAGGCGCCAUGACAACCGCCGGCGCUCCCGAUCACCGUCUAAAACACAGAAGAGAGGAGAGGACAAAGAGCGAAGGAAACGAAGCCCGAUUGUCAAACCCACUAAGGUUCACUUAGGAAGGCUGACCAGAAACGUUACCAAGGAUCACAUCCAGGAGAUCUUUUCCACUUAUGGAAAAAUCAAAAUGAUUGACAUGCAGAUGGAUAGGAUGCACCCACACCUGAGCAAGGGCCAUGCUUAUGUGGAGUUUGAGACCCCUGAGGAGGCACAGAAGGCCCUUAAACACAUGGACGGAGGUCAGAUUGAUGGACAGGAAAUCACAGCUGCUGCUGUUCUGCCUCAACGGAUCCGUCUACCACCUCGCAGACUGUCUCCUCCUCGCAGAAUGCCCCCACCACCUCCUAUGUGGCGGCGCAGCCCACCACGCAUGAGGAGGAGGUCUCGUUCUCCAAGGAGACGAUCCCCGGCACGUCGCCGUUCCCGCUCCAGGUCUCCUGGUCGCCGGCGCCAUCGCUCUCGCUCCAGCUCCAACUCCUCCAGAUAAACUCAUUGAGAUGUCAUGUGGUUUUCUACGCUGUGAUGCUGAUCAGCUACAACCCUCGUUUUCUAAGACUCCUUUGACUCAGUAGAAAUGCCAUCAUCUACGCUGUAUGUGCGGUCAUAGCAAGAGUGCUUCUGUUCCAUUUGAUUUUUUCUUAAAUUUUGUGCUAAGUUGAUUCAGAAAAGUUAGCUUAGUUUUAUGUUGCCUCUACCGGGAUCUACAAACAUUUUGUUUCCUUUUACCUUGUAUUACGUCCUUUUAACUUUUAAAAAAUAAAGAUGCAGAAACAGAA